CUCAGAUUCCCACAAUGCCGAGCGUCUGAUCCGCGGAUCAGUGCGCCUGUCGUGAGAGUCGCACCACGAGAGACGCUUGUUUCCAUCCGCUUCUGUCACCCCGUCGCACCAGCAGAUAUGUCCUAUUCUUCAAGUCCACAUAUAAACACGAACAACAGAAAAAGGAGGCUGAACGAUGGUCAAGAAGCACCACAGGGCCGGGACCUGCUGGCCAGUCCCCACAACGCGCGUCUCUGUCAGCACCUCUGUGGAGGUCCGUGCUCUGACUCUGCAGACUGCUCCCACAGCCCCUCUCCGUCCCCAGGACAGGCGGGCACCACACAAUGCCACAGCUCUCACGUUUGUGAGGACGUCAGGGAGGAGGGUCUCGGAAGGACCAGGAUACGAGCCGAGAACGAGGUGGAGGCCAACAAACUGGUCAACAACUACAGGUUUGGUUUUAGAAAGUGGAAGAGCCAUGUGACAGAGCGCCCAUUUGAAGACCGUUCAGAAGCUGUGAAAGAGCUCUACUCUGAGCUUAAUGUCAUAAAACCAAGCACAGGUCACCUGGUCUCUGUUGGAAACAUAGUUUAUGUGUUUCUGUUCGGUUGGUGGGUGGCUCUGGUUUACCUACUGGUCUGCAUACUCAUGUUCACCACUGUCAUUGGGACACCGUAUGGGAAGCUUUGCUGGCGGUUAUCGUGGUACUUUCUCUGGCCUUUUGGUAAAACCAUCCAGGAGACAGGGAACGGGUGUAUGCACUGCGGUGCGAUGUCUCCCUACUGUGCUUGUAACAAUGGACGGGAGGAUGUGGUCCCCAUUCUUCUGCCUUCCCCCACAGAGACCCCAGACUCGGUGGGGCCCAUCCCUCGAGGAACCCCCUACUGGCGCCGGUUCACCACGUACGUGUGGCUGCUUCUGGGCUUCCCUCUGCUGGCUGUGGUCCACUCCCUGGUCUGCGUCCUGGCCUGGACGAUGGUCUUCACCAUCCCUGUGGCCAAGAUGAACGCCCGCACGCUGGGCACCAUACUGCUUAUGCCCCCCGAGGACGUGUCCGUCACCACGGGCUCAGAGAGAAGUCAGGGAUACGGGUCAAAAGCACUCCUCUGUUGUUCGAAUGCAACCAACUGGCACUACUACAAGUACACUGUGGAUGGAAUCAACGUGUUUGCCGUCAAUCUGCUUCCCCUGGUAAUCGUUGCCAUGGUAAUUGGGUACAUUGACACAGGAAACCAGUAUGCCAGCUCCAACUUAAAGUUUGGCAUAGCGGUCAGUUCCAUUAUCCCUCUGUCUUACUACAUCGGGAUGGGCAUCGCCAGUAUCUCGGCCCAGAGUAACUUUGCGGUGGGUGCGCUGGUGAACGCCACGUUCGGCUCCAUCACUGAGAUGACCUUCUACAUCACGGCCCUGAUCAGAGGUCACAAGGCAGGCAACCCCUGCCUGCAGGAGAUAGUGAAGGCGGCGCUGACCGGCACCCUGUUUGGCUGCAUCCUCUUCAUCCCUGGCAUCAGCAUGGUGGUCGGGGGGCUGAAACACAGCGAGCAGCGAUUCAACAGCCGGUCUACAGGGGUGGGCUCUGCCCUGCUCUUCAUCUCUGUAGGAGGUGUGUUUGCGCCCACCCUGUUCUCCAAGGCCUACGGGAACCUGGUCUGUGACGCCUGCACAACCUCUGCUGGAGGCAACGCCACCUUUACCUGCCACGAUUGCCACUACGAUCUGAACAACUCUACACUGUUCCAUAACCAUGUUGAACCGCUAGUGUACUCGGUCUGCGUGCUUCUGCCCGUGGCCUACAUCAUCGGCCUGAUCUUCACCUUGAAGACACACUCCCACAUCUACGACAUCCAGGUUGGAGAGGGACACGCCGUGGCCCCGGGGGGGGCGGUUGUCCACUGGUCUCGCUGGAGGUCCCUGCUGAUCCUCAUCAUGGCCACCCUGCUCAUGUCUGCGUGCGCCGACCUGGCCACUCAGCACAUCCAGCCCAUCCUGCACCAGCCCAACAUCUCCCAGUAUUUCAUAGGCGUGACAGUCAUCGCCAUGGUCCCAGAGAUCCCAGAGAUCGUCAACGGGAUCCAGUUCGCCCUUCAGAACAACAUCAAUCUCAGGUAGGUUCAGCCUAUGGACGCUCUCUCUUCAUUGUUGCUGAAGCUGGGGCCACGCCCCACACCCACCGGGACCACGCCUCCCGGGGGCAAACGGGGCCAAGCCCCAAGGGGCCACACGGCCGAUCUCCACUGUCGUCUGGAGAUCGGUCGUCUUUGGGGAACCUGAAUAUAAGACGGAACAGGCCGGUCGGGUUCCCCUCACUUGGGAUUGUAUUGUCCCACAAGAAAUGUCUUGCAAUUGUGGUUAUUUGUGAUUUGCACAGAAAGUCUUAAGGGAAGGAAACAAAUAGUAUGUAAUUGUUGUUGUCCUUGAUCUCGACUGUGGCACCCUGCUGUUGUUCUGGUGUCAUGCAUGGUGCUGUUAUUUUGAAAACCUUCAGGACCAGUUUUUAACACUUGACCCCUCUAUUGGCUAAUUGAAUUAAACGACACCAAGCCAAACAAUCGCAAUUACACCAUAUGGCCAACAGAUGGCAAUAAAGGACAUGUGUUCUUCAUCGCCAAUUUUUACCUAUUUCCUCUGAAACCCUCCCUAAGCUACUGGACAUUGAUUGGACAAACCAAGUUUAGUUGCGUUUAUGGUGCUUUUAUGCAAUCAAACUUUGAUCACAAAAAAAAACGAAUGUAAGACAUCAAUUUGGUUGUAAAAAGAGAAAGUGAGGUUUAUUUUUCAACGACAAACUUUCUUGACCAAUUUUAGUCAAAGGGUGACUUUUUAAAUCAGCUGAGUCUCAAC